ACGGAGGGCGUCUGGGCAGGCGCUGGCAACAGCACUCCGGAGUCCGAGCUCCCACCCAGAGGCCACGAGGUCGCAGAACAGCCGGAUCGGGUGGAAGGGCCGCCCUUUUCUUCGUAGCCUCCAAGGGAGCUGGAACAAAAAAACGAAACCAAAACCUGCCUGCUCGCUCCUCUCCCCAUCGCCUGCGUUCUGCUGGUUGUGGGCUUCCUGCGGCCGCUGAGGGCGCGUCUCCCCUCCGCCAUGGCAUCAGUUUUGAAUGUCAAGGAAUCCAAAGCUCCUGAAAGAACGGUUGUAGUUGCUGGUCUUCCAGUUGACCUUUUUAGUGAUCAAUUAUUGGCGGUAUUAGUGAAGAGCCACUUCCAAGACAUUAAGAAUGAGGGUGGAGAUGUUGAAGAUGUGAUAUAUCCGACAAGAACCAAGGGAGUUGCAUAUGUAAUAUUCAAAGAAAAAAAAGUUGCAGAGAAUGUCAUCAGACAAAAGAAACACUGGCUAGCAAGGAAGACUAGACAUGCUGAACUCACAGUCUCUCAUUUUGGUGACAAGAUCUUCAGCUCUGUAAAUGCCAUCCUUGAUCUUUCUGUUUUUGGAAAAGAAGUUACUCUAGAAACUCUGGUAAAAGACCUGAAAAAAAAAAUCCCGAGUUUAAGCUUCAGUCCUUUGAAACCCAGUGGAAGAAUCUCCGUGGAAGGAUCAUUUCUGGCUGUCAAGAGGCUCAGAGAAUCUUUGCUAGCAAGAGCAUGUUCUCUCUUAGAAAAAGACAGAAAUUUUACCAGUGAGGGGAGAAAGUGGAAUAGACAAAAUCUCCAAAGGAAUCUACAGAGAAGUAAUAACUCUUUGGCAUCAGUCAGGACCUUAGUACCUGAGACUGCUAGAAGUGGAGAAAUGCUUGUGCUUGACACAGAUGUUUUUCUUUACCUGAAACACAAGUGUGGAUCUUAUGAAAGCACGCUGAAAAAAUUCCACAUUCUGAGUCAGGAGAAAGUGGAUGGUGAAAUCACCACAAUUUGUCUAAAAAGCAUUCAAGUUGGUUCUCAGCCAAACAAUGCAAAACAUGUAAAAGAGCUCAUUGAGGAAUGGUCACAUGCUCUUUACUUAAAGCUUAGAAAAGAGACAUUUAUUUUGGAAGGAAAGGAAAAUAGAGAGAAAAGAAUGAUCAAAAGGGCAUGUGAACAAUUAAGUUCGAGAUACCUUGAAGUCCUGAUUAACCUUUAUAGGACACACAUUGACAUUAUAGGAUCUUCUUCUGACACUUACCUGUUUAAAAAAGGGGUCAUGAAAUUAAUAGGGCAAAAGGUUAGUUAAUAAAAUCUCAGCAAUAUAGUCAUAAGGGCUGCUUUCUCUUGCUGAGCAGUGACCAUUGCCGUGAAUGAGGCUAGCUUUACACACCGUAUCUCAUGAAUCCUUAUGCUCAUCCUUCUUUGUCAGUGUUGACUAUCCUCACGUUACAGCGGAAGAAACUAGGAUUUGGAGAAGUUAAAACACUUUUCUGAAGUUAUCCAGUUGACAAGGAAUGAGGCUGUGGCUUAGCCCAGUCUAUCUGAUUACACAGAUAAUACCUAAGGAAUAAAACUUUGAAAAAAACUCACCAAACUUUUUUUUUUUUUUUUUGAGACGGAGUCUCGCUCUGUUGUCCAGGCUGGAGUGCAGUGGCGUGAUCUCGGCUCACUGCAAUGUCCACCUCCUGGGUUCACACCAUUCUCCUGCCUCAACCUCUGGAAUAGCUGGGACUGCAGGUGCCCACCACCACGCCCGGCUAAUCUUUUUGUAUUUUUUUAGUAGAGAUGGGGUUUCACCGUGUUAGCCAGGAUGGUCUCCAUCUCCUGACCUUGUGAUCCACCUGCCUCAGCCUCCCAAAGUGCUGGGAUUACAGGCGUGAGCCACUGCGCCCAGCAAACUCACCAAACUUUGAAGGAAUCUUACUUUCUCUGUAACUCCAAAUUAUUAGAGAAUAAUAAUUAUUAAGAAGUAGCCUUAACAUAUGAGAAAUUUGAAAGGUGAUUAUUAUGCCAUGGGCAAUUUCUUAACAUUUACAGUUUGUGUUUACUCCGUGUAGAAUUAGAAUACUGGCAAAAAUCACUGGGGAAACUACUUAGAUGGAAAGCAUAUCUUAUGCAGGUAAUCAUUAUUUGACUAAAUUCUAUUGUUUCAAGGCUGCUGGCCACAUAGGAUGUUUUUACUAUUUUUUUUAGCCUAAGUGCUUACAUAAAAUGGUGAUUCUUUUAUAAUUGUGCAAGUUGAUAAUAUUAAUUCUUGUCACACCCAACUAAAACAGACUCAAGAAGCUAGGGGGAAAAAGUACUUGGGACACAUAAUAUUGCUCCAAGAAUGUAAUUCUCUGUGAGCCUGGCUACUGAAACUGCUUGCUGUAACCUGAGACCAGUUUUGUCUAUAGCUGCUGAGAUAACUUGCUGUAACUCUAGGACUAAUUUUGCCUAUGGCCAUUGCCCACCAGUUGGAGCUUGCCAGCUCCCCAGGGCUUUACUAAUACCAAUGAACUUUCUCUUAAGACCACAAGUUGGCCGGGCGUGGUGGCUCAUACCUGUAAUCCCAGCACUUUGGGAGGCCAAGGCGGGUGGAUCACAAGGUCAGGAGAUUGAGACCAUCCUGGCUAACAUAGUAAAACCCCAUCUCUACUAAAAAUACAAAAAUUAGCCGGGCAUGGUGGUGGGCGCCUGUAGUCCCACCUACUCGGGAGGCUGAGGCAGGAGAAUGGUGUGAACCCGGGAGGUGGAGCUUGCAGUGAGCCAAGAUUGCGCUACUGCACUCCAGCCUGGGUGACAGAGCGAGACUCCGUCUCAAAAAAAAAAAAAAAAAAAAAAGAAA